AUGGCUCCUACCUUUGGUGCCACUCAGUUUUCCAUCUUCUACUUCAUCAGGGCAGCCAAUCAAGACAAAUGGCCCGUCAAGCAUGAUAUGAUCUAUGUGCUGGCGUCAAUAAUGGUGUGGGGCUCCAUCACAAUCUCUCUCAUGGAAACAAAAGCUCCAGUUUGGUACACGUUCUUGGGAUGCUGGGCAUUUGGUGCUGUUUUCGAGUUGACCAUCCUGGGCCUGCUGGUCACGUUGUCGGCACCCCAAGACUUCGCUGUUGGGAACUCGCUCGGCUCUGCCCGAGCAAUGAUUCUGGUGGCCCUUUUCCUGUCCAUCCUCUUCCUGGGCUACGGAUCCCGCGAAAAGGGAAUACGACUCGAUGAAGAAAGCCGAUCUCUGCUGGUGAGCGAAAACAUCGAGUCAGACGGAUCCCCAUCUUAUGGCAGCCUUCCCUCGUCGGUGAAUGACCGAGAUAGUGACAAAGACGAUGACUCGGACGACGACGAUGAGGAGAUGAAAGAACUGCAGCAGAAGCGACUGGAGGAAGAGGGUGGUUGGUGGGGCUACCUGAAAGGCUUCGUGAUCUUCCUGCCUCUGAUCUGGCCGUACAACAACCGGCGAAUGCAGUUCUGGCUGGGGGUUCUCGUUCUGACGCUUACGGCGGAGCGGUUCCUGACGGUCCUCAUUCCUCGUCAACUAGGCAUUAUUACAGACGCGCUGUCCAAUGCCGGCGAAACCAGAUAUUUCCCUUGGAAAGAGCUUCUCGUUUGGGCGGCCCUCAAACUUGUCAGCGUGUCCGCUGGCUUCGACCUGCUCCGAACAAUGGCCACCACCCGGGUUUCAGCAUACGCAUACCGGCAACUGUCGUCGGCAGCCUUCAAUCACGUCAUGGGAUUGUCGAUGGACUACCACAGCGCCAAAAGCUGCGGCGAGGUGCUGAAAGCCAUCGAGCAAGGGUCCGACAUCCACAACGUCAUCGACACGGUGCUGUUCGACGCCGGGCCGGUGCUGAUCGACCUCGUGGUGGCAGCCGUGUACCUGUCAUCCGUGUUCGACGCGUACAUGGCGCUCAUCAUCAUCGCGACCUCCAGCGCCUACAUCUACGCCGGCAUCCGGGGCAACAGCUCGCUCGCGGCCAAGCGGCGCGACUACACCGAAGGCGAGCGCAAGGGCAACGAGAUCCUGUACGACUCGGUCAGCAACUGGCAGACGGUGACGUACCACAACCGGCGGCGCUUCGAGCAGGACCGCUACCUCGAGGCCGUCGACAGCUUCAAAGCGAAGGAAGUGCGCUACUACGACGUCAUGAACUACAUCGACUCGGCGCAGAGCCUGAUCAUGGCGCUGGGCCUGCUCACCAGCGCCUUCCUCGCGGCAUCCCGCAUCGCCGCCGGCCAGGCGCCCGUCGGCCACCUCGUCCUGCUCAUCACCUACUGGGGCUCCAUCCAGGAGCCGCUCAGCCACCUGACCUGGACCCUCCGCACCACCGCCUCGCAGCUCAUCGGCGCCGAGCGCCUCCUCCAACUCCUGCAGACCAAACCCUCCGUCGCCGAGAAGCCCGGCGGCGCCCCGCCCCUGCGCGCCGCCAACAACGGGGGCGGCAGCCGCGUCGUCUUCGCGAACGCGGCGUUCGCCUACGACCCGCGCAAGCCGACCCUCCGCGACGUGUCGUUCGCCGCCGAGCCGGGCCAGACGGUGGCGCUGGUCGGCGAGACGGGCGGCGGCAAGUCGACCAUCCUCAAGCUGCUGCUGCGCUUCUACGACGUGACGGGCGGCAGCAUCACCAUCGACGGCCAGGACGUGCGCGACGUGUCGCUCGACUCGCUGCGCGGCGCGCUCGGCGUGGUCCCGCAGGACCCGGCGCUGUUCAACCAGAGCAUCAUGGAGAACGUGCGGUACGCGCGGCUCGACGCGACGGAUGAGGAGGUGCGCGAGGCGUGCCGCGCCGCUGUCGUGCAUGAUAAGAUUGAGUCGUUUCCCGACGGGUACGCGGCGCGCGUGGGGGAGCGCGGGGUUAAGCUUUCGGGGGGUGAGCUGCAGCGGUUGGCUAUUGCGCGGGUGUUUUUGAAGGAUCCGCGGAUCGUGUUGUUGGAUGAGGCGACGAGUGCGAUUGAUUCGGGGACCGAGGCGCGGAUUCAGGAGGCGUUCCGGAGGUUGAGUGCUGGGAGGACGACGUUCGUUAUUGCGCAUCGCUUGUCGACUAUCAUGCAUGCUGAUCUUAUUCUUGUGGUGGAUAAUGGUCGGAUUGUGGAGAGGGGGUCGCAUGCGGAGCUAUUGAAGAAGGGGGGCAAGUAUCAAGAGCUGUGGUCGAAGCAGUCGCCUGAUGGAAAGCUGUAG